AUGACAAUUUUUGAUUAUCAAAUUCCGCAAAUGAUUUUGAUUCUACUUUUUUUGAAAUCACUCGUGGAUGCGGCCACUUGUUAUGAUUGUGUCUAUGGCUUCAAACCCUGUGAUAGCUGCCAGAACAUAACCACUAACGACGACCUUCACGGAAUUUGGUCCGAUUGGUCGGAUUACACAGCUUGUAGCCAUACCUGUGGCCUCUACGGGAAGAAGUACACUGAGACCACGUGUAUUCACGUGGAUCUUUGUACUUCACGAACUCUUUGUGGACCUGUUACACGAGAUGACGAUUAUGCUGAACCGUAUCCAUGUCGCGGCGUGAGGGAGAUCCAAAGCUGCAAUCCAUGCCCAGUUGAAGGUGUUUGGUCAGCUUGGUCCAACGUCGGAAAAUGUUCGGCGACGUGUGGUCUUUGCGGAGUGGUUUAUCAGAAUAGAACGUGUGAAUCAGCGAGCUACGGAUGUCCUUGCACUGGCCCAAUCAGUCAACACUACGCUUGUCCCAAGAAGCCUUGCCCGAAGGCGCCGCGCUGCUGUGGACAAGCACCGAAUAAUGUUGUGGUGAAAAACCUGGUGACAAAGACGAACCAAUGUGGCCUACAACUAGCACCCGACGAGGUUCUCCAUCCCAUUCACACCUAUCACCCCGUCAUUUGUCCA